UUGCCAGAGAAGCUACUUGAUGGUUACUAGCUCCGUUUUCGUCCAGUUGCACCUGGAUGGGCACUCUUCCACGCAAGCGGUUCUAGGAAUUCGCCUACUUGCCACCUCGCGUCCUUUGACUUCUUUUCUAGCUUUCACCUACUGCACUUCCCCCUGCGUCCCGCUCUCUCCUAGCCGACCCAGGGCUGGAGAGCACAGCUUAUGAGAAGUUGUUGUGGACGCCACUUAUAAAUCCAUUUACCAAAUUUAUGGAGAAAUCUGCAAUUGAUGGAAGUCAUUCAGAAAAACUGUGUCCUCAUUUUAAAAGUACCCCAGAGAAUGAACGUUUAUUGCAGCCUGCCAGUGAAAGUCAUCUCAGCUGUGGAAAGCAGGACAUCCUAAAUGAAAAGACUGAACUGGAAGCAACAUUUAAGGAAGCUGAAUUGGCAACCUGUUCUGUAGAAUUAUUUUUGCCAUUAUUUAAGGAUACCGAUGAAGAGAUUAGUUUUGAGAAUGCUAAUCUUUUUGCAUUCAAUUUGAAGAUUGCUAAACAGAAGGAAAAAUUAACAAAAGAAUUAGACACUUUUAAACAUGUAAAACAAGCUUUAGAACAUCUUCUUAGAAAGACAGAAUACCAACAAGUAGAGGACAGUUUAUCCAGCAUGUUAGAGAAGCUAACUGAUAAUGAAAAUGAAAAUACUAAUCUUAAGAAGAAGCUACUUGAAAAGGAGACCUAUAUUCAAGAACUUUCUUGUUUGUUUCAGAAUGAAAAGGCAAAUGCUUUGAAAGCAAACCGUUUUUCACAAUCAGUAAAAGUAGUACAUGAACGACUACAGCUCCAAAUUCGUAAAAAGGAAGCAGAGAAUGAUAAAUUAAAAGAAUAUAUAAAGAGCUUAGAAACCAAGAUAACUGAAUGGAACUUAGAACUGAGAAAGAAUAAGCAUGAAGCUGUAGCAAUGAAAGAAUCAAGUAGGCAAAAAACUAUAGCUCUAAAAAAGGCGUCUAAAAUUUACAAACAAAGGCUUAAACACUUUACUGGAGACAUGGAAAACCUUACUUCCCAAAUUAGAGAUCGGGAAGCCAAGCUGUCCGAAACAAUUUCAGCUUCCAAUGCCUGGAAAAGUCAUUAUGAGAAAAUUGUAAUAGAAAAAACUGAAUUGGAAGUUCAGAUUGAAACAAUGAAAAAGCAAAUUACUAAUCUCUUGGAAGACCUGAAGAAAGUAGAAGACGUUGGUAAAAAUUCAUGUGAAGAAAUUCUUAGAAAACUUCACUCAGUUGAGUAUGAAAAUGAAACUCUGAAUCUUGAGAAUACAAAAUUAAAGACUACUCUUGCUGCUUUGAAGGAUGAGGUUGUUUCUGUUGAAAAUGAACUCUUAGAAUUGCAAGAAGUAGAAAAACAACAGAAAGCCCUUAUUGAAGUAUAUAAAACUCAGAUACAAAAGUUGCAAGAAGCAGCUGAAAUGGUGAAAAGCAGAUGUGAAAAUUUGCUCCAUGAAAAUAACCUAAUAACAAAAAACAAAAAUAAAAAGUUAGAGAAGAUGAGAGGCCAGACGGAGUCUCAUCUGAAGGAGUUAGAGCACGUCCGCGAUUCGGUGACGGCGGCGGAGCGGAGGCUUCACGAGUGUCAGGAGAGUGUGCAGCACUACAGGGAGAGAUUUGCGGACAAGGUGCACACCGUUAGGGAGCUUCAGGGCCAGGUUGAUGGAAAUCAUAAUCUUCUAAAAAAGCUUUCUUUGGAAGAGGAAAAUUAUCUUAUUCAGUUGAAGUGUGAAAACCUUAAACAAAAAUUAGAACAGAUGGAUGCAGAAAAUAAAGAGCUUGAAAAGAAACUGGCAAACCAAGAAGAAUGUCUUAAGCACAGCAAUCUUAAGUUUGAAGAGAAAUCUGCAGAACAUACAGCAUUGGCCAGACAGCUGGAAGCUGCUUUAGAAGAAGGAAGACAAAAGGUUUCUGAAGAAAUAGAGAAAAUGUCAUCUAGAGAGAGGGCUUUACAGAUUAAAAUAUUAGAUCUGGAAACUGAGCUUAGAAAGAAAAAUGAAGAACAAAGUCAACUUGUUUGCAAAAUGAACAGUAAAGCACAACACCAGGAAGUAUGUUUGAAAGAAAUACAACAUAGUCUUGAAAAGUCGGAGAAUCAAAAUGAGAGUAUUAAGAAUUAUUUACAGUUUCUUAAAACUUCUUAUGUAACAAUGUUUGGAUAAAUUGUUGGAUUUAUUUUCUAUAAGCGAUAGGAUUUUACUUUAAGUCUAAAACAUGAUUGGGUAAUAAAUAAACUUUAAUUUAUGGGUGGGAGUAGUAGAGUUUUUAUGUACAUUUUUAAAAUAUAAUUUAUUAUCCAAUUGCAACUUUAAGAUAUAGAUGUCAGUAUUCCUUUUUGCCAGAUAAUUUCCACUUAGCUCUAGUUUAAUUUAAUACCUAUUUAAAUGAUACUGGUUUUUAGAAUGUUUUUCACGUACACAAAAGAAACCAGAAUCUUGUUUAUAGCCACCAUUUAAGUGAAUUUGUAAUAAAGCUAGGCCGAUUAUGAGCCAAAUACAUGAUUUUGAAUAACCCAUAUAGUUUGUUUUACAUUGUGGCGCUAUAUAUAUAUAAUCAAGGAAAAUAUUCUGGAUAUUAAUUUUUAAAAAUGGUAUAAUUACAUACUUUCUAAAGAUUCCAAAUGUCUCAAUGUACUUAAUACUGUUUCAAGUAUGAUGCGAUUCUAAUUUCUGUGAGGCUUUUAAUAUAGAAUUUUAAAUUAUAGCUAUUAAAUGCCAACUGAUGGUGACAGAUGAAAACAUGUUGUCCCGCACUGUUUCUUUAUAAAGAAUGGGCAUUUGGGCUCUCCUGUGAAUUCAGUCUCUUUUGUGUUUCAUUUUUUAUUAGUGAUUGUCUGGUGUUAUCAGUGUAAACAUUCUAAAGCCCCCUGAGUUUACUAAAAGAUUACAGGGGAACAACUUGUCCCACCCCU